AUGCCAACACGGCAUGAUUGCCAAAUCGGGACGCCGACUGAUUCACACAAUGCUUCCUCGAAAAUCACGAACGAUGAAGACGCAACCAGCCAAUUCACGGCAAAAACACCCCAUAUAUACUCAUUCAAUCCGCUCACCCACACCCAAGUUAUGGAAGAUCUUCCUGACUCCGUAGAUCUAAAAUCAUUUUUUGUGUCGCCCAGCUCAGCUCGAACUGUGCCCCGUGAAUGGGCGGUGUCUCUUGGCCGGGCAUUGGGGCACUGGCUGAGUUCCUUUCAUUCAUGGGCCAAGGAGCCAGCACAGGCUGAUGUGGCUCUGGAAUUAGAGCAGAACCACUUCUUCCGGGAUUUGAAGUUCAGCAUAAACUAUGAUAAUUUGAUAAACAUGGUCAGCAAGUACCCUGAGAUACUGGAGGGCAGCCGAGCCGUUUUCGAGAAGGUCAGGGAUAUGGCAAAGAGUGAGUCGGGAAGGAAAGAUGGAGAGGGAUUUGGAGUGAUCCAUGGGGACUUCUGGUCGGGGAAGUAA